UGAGAGUGGUGAACGUCGAGCCGCUCGCUGCUCGCGCGAGGAACCUCGCGAAAUGCACUCACUCGCACCUGUACGGGCGAGCGGUCGUGAGCAGCAGACGAUCGUCGCCGCUCACUUGACGUCGACGGUCAGCAGAAGACGAAAGCCUUGCUCUCUGGGAGUCGUCUGCUGUCCUACAGUGGCGGGCAGCCAUGUUGAAGAGGACCACAUCGUGACAUCUCGUGUGAAACGUGAAACGUCGGUAUACGAGGCAUCGUAGAGCGAGCUUAUCCUCCAGAAGUCGCCGCCGAGACGUCGCCGUACGGGUGUCCCGAACAGAACUUUGUGCGGCGUCGCUUCCACGCAACGUCAAUACCAACGCGCACCCCCGCCGCACCAUCGAGAUGGCGACUGACCACGUGCUCGAGCUGUCGGGCGUCCACUACACGGGGCCUGUGUCCCCGCCCACCUGCUUCCAAGCGUUCACCGGAACCGCGGUCACGGCGCCGCUGCUCAAGGACAUCAGCAUGGAACUGCACGCCGGUGAAGUGAUGGCCGUGCUCGGAUCCAAGGGGAGCGGCAAGAAGGCCCUGCUGGAGGUCGUGGCCCGGCGUGCCAUGGGCCCGACCCGGGGCCAGAUCCUUCUAAACGACGUGCCGCUCACGCUGCGCCUGUUCCAGGAGCAGUGCGGCUACGUGGCCCGCCGGUGCAACCUGGUGCCGGGAGUCACCGUGCGCCAGACGCUGCACUUCGCGGCGAAGCUCACGGUCGCUUCCAAGGUGUCCGGCUCCGUCAAGAGAGGCAGGGUGAAGCAGGUGAUGGCGGACCUGGCGCUGAACCAGGUGGCAAACAAGGAGGUCAGCAGCCUGUCCAUCAACGAGUACCGCCGACUGAGCAUCGCCAUCGAGCUGGUCAGGGACCCCGUGCUCGUGGUGUUGGACGAGCCGACGGCCGAGCUGGACCCGCUGAACACGUACUUCGUCGUCUCGAUCCUGGCUAACCACGCCAAGAAGUACAACCGGCUCGUACUGUUCACCAUGUCCAAGCCCCGGUCGGACAUCUUCCCGUUCCUGGACCGCGUAGCCUACCUCUGCCUCGGCGAGAUGGUCUACACCGGUUACACUCGGACCAUGCUGGAGUACUUCCGCAACAUCGGCUUUCCCUGUCCAGAACUGGAGAACCCACUCAUGUACUACCUCUGCCUGGCCACGGUGGACCGGCGUUCCCGCGAGCGCUUCAUCGAGUCCAGCAGCCAGAUUCAGACGCUGGUGGAGAAGUUCCGCAACGACGGCGCCCGCUACCGCAAGGCGGGCCCCCCGUCGGAGCUGGGCGGCAACCACACGGGAGACGCCGCGCAGUACAAGCUACCGCUGACCGCCUACGGCCAGCCGUCCUGCUGGCAGACCUUCUGGGCCAUCUACGGGCGGCUGUGGGCCUCUACGUUCAACUGCAACGGGCGCGCGUUCGGCCAGCUGGCACUGCGGCUCGUCCUGAUGCCGGUGCUGUUCGCCGUGCUGCUGUUAUUCUACUUCCCGCUGUCCGGCUACCAGCAGAGCUUCCUCACCCGCAACGGACUGUUCCUCUCCUGCUUCAUGGCGGCCACGUUCGGAUCGGCCGCCAUCACGGCUCUCACCUACGCCCCGCACCGGACACGGUACUACCAGGAGAGCAGGGAAGGCAAAUACCGAGGCCCGCUGUUUGUUUUCACCCACACGCUAUUCAGCAUCCCGCUCAGCCUGAUCAGCGUCUUUGCCGGCGCCACCAUCAUCUACGCCGGCACGGGUCUGCGGGCCGACUGGCAGCGCUGGGCCACCUUCGGCGGCGUCAUGUGGUGCUUGUACGCGCUCGCCGAGCAGCAGACCGUCGCCCUGAUGAUGGUGGUGCGCAGUUCGUUCGCAUCGUUCCGUUGGUCCGCCUGCGUACUGUCGCUCUGCGCGGCGCUGGCCUCCGGCACGGUGCGGAGCCUGGUCGUACUUCCAGACUGGACGUACUACCUCACGUACGCCACGUUACAGCGGUACGCGGCAGCGUUCGUGCAGCAGAACGAGUUCGAGAUGCACCCGGGUCUGGAGAACCUGCCAUCGCUCAAUGGCAGCGCCUGCGGCCCCAACGUGGACAGCGGACGCUGCUUCUUCGUCAACGGCUCGCACUACUUGGGCCACAAGUACCGCAUGGGCCGCGGCCAGGCCGAAGUGGACGUCCAGUACUGGCUCAACUUCGGGUUGUGCUUCGCCUUCGUGGGCUCCUUCUGCCUCGUCAACGUCAUAUCGCACAUCAUCCCGCUGCCGGCGUCCAUCAAGUCCAAGUUCAGGGAUUGAUGUACUGCUCUGUCCAUCGAGAUCAUUGUUAUUUGUUUGUCACUGAUCGCCAGGAAGGCGCAGAAACGAAGUAACAUCCGUGACGAUACGAAGUGACGCUAGAGUUGCUCGAGCUCGGGUAAUGUGCCAAGGUUUCAACAACUGAGGGUUGUCCAGACUCCUGUCGGCGCUAAGGUUUCAACUAGCGAAGGCUGUACGGGCUCAUGUUCCUGCUAUGGUUUCGACAGGUCAGGGUUGUGUGUGCCAAGGCUCCCCAGAAGGGCACUCCGCGGCCAUUUGUCGUACUGUAGACCGACACUUUGCCAUUGGCCUGUUAUAGUCCUUACAGGCAAUCAAUACGCCGAACGGGGGUAAAUGUAAGAACUAAUCACCAUGGACAAUGAGCGGUUCAUUGUGACCGCUCGCCAACCGGAGAUAAUAGAAGACUGUUUAGCAUCUCGAGCUUUAGACUACAAGCCAUUUGAUAUAGGAGUCCCAGCGCGCAGCAUGACGUCGUAAAGCUAUCCUGCGUGUGCUCUGUGAGCUCUCGACCAACGCGAAUCCUUGACCUCCUCGUUAGCAUCGGCAAACGUCAUUGCCGGAUGAGUGAUUACUAUGACGGAGUCAAAAGUAACUUAAAUGAUGCAAUAACCACAUAAAGCCAAAAGACAACGAAGCCAAGGAAAGCAUCGGGGAAAUUAAGUGUAGUUGAAAUUGGAAUGUAGAAAAUAACGAAGAAAAGGAAAAUGAAAGUGGACGAAAAGAUAACUUGUCGCCGGCGGGAGCCGAACCCGGUAAUUAUGACUAAUAAAAUCGAGCCCCUCGGUUCCCAUUCUUAUUUCGUAAAUGAUGCAAUGACAUUCGGGUAGUUUGACUUUAAAGCUCUUGCGCUACUACUCAAUCAGUAGGUUCAGGCGCUGACGGUCAAGAAUCUUUGUACCCAAAUGUAAGGCGCAGAAGAAUCACGUCUUAACCCCAAAACAGAGUCCGCUGCUGCAACGGCCUUUUGCAGAAAAACUUAGCAGGUUGUUUGUUGCGGAAGAUAUAUGCCUCUGUGCAGCUAACAAGACUCUUCUGGAUUGGAACAAAACCAUCGACUAUACUCUGCCGCUGGAUUUUUUUAGGUAGCCCCGAUGAAGGCCUUCACGCACUGCCAACGUUAUUUCACGUGUAUGUAUAUUUUGCUGCCAUCUGGCGGCCAUUUUGUCGGUAGUAUGACUUCUUUCGGGACAGAGAGUUGGCGGUAUAACGCCAGUGACUAAUUGCACUUAUUACGUGUACUUCAGUUACGCUCGUAAUUCUUCGCCGAAACAGUGAAAAAAGCAAGGGUCAUAAUGACAGGGAUCAAUACUCAAUCACCAAGUUAAAGAUUCAGUUCAAGUGCCGCUCACUAAACCACGCUGCGCCUGCGCACAGUGCCCUCGGGGCGCUGAUAUUGAAAGAGGUUCGCGUCCGCCGUGACGUCACGUAAAUAACUGAACUUCAUCGGCUGGUUCUUCUAUGUGAAUCCUCCUUGUGAUGGACGCCAUCGUAUUCGCCAUUUCAUUGUUAGGUUGUCGCCGUUGCUAAAUAGAGGAGAUACCGGCGACUUCCAAUCUGAGUGAAGUGUUUCACGUCAAUAUAUUUCUUUCUAUGCAAAUGAAGACAAAAUGCGCCGUGCCUGCGAUAGACGAAGAAAACAAUCAUAUACAGGCUGCACCUACAUC